ACGGACUGUGUGCUUUUGUCUGUGUUUGUGUUUCCCUUGUGUUUCCGAAUCCGUCAAUCCGAAUUCCGAAUGGAUUUCUUCUUUUGACAAAUGGAUAAUAUAAUAAAUUAAAUUAUAUUCACAAAAUUCUGUCCUACAAAACCUAUUUGUGUUUUACCAGUUUUCUGUUUUUCUGAAAAUUUUACAAUGGUGCUUACAAAAGAAUACAGAAUUUGCAUGCCAAUGACCGUCGAAGAGUAUCGUAUCGGGCAGUUGUAUAUGAUUGCUCGUCAUAGCUUUGAGCAAUCCAGCAAUGGCGAGGGUGUGGAGGUCAUAGCGAAUGAACAAGUCAACGACGAAAUAAAUGGAGUUGGACAAUUUACUGAGAAAAGAAUACACUUGUCCAGCCAUUUACCUUAUUGGAUCCAAAGUAUAACACCAAAGAUUUUCUAUGUAACUGAAAAAGCUUGGAAUUACUACCCAUACACAAUUACUGAAUAUACAUGUUCCUUCAUACCAAAAUUUUCAAUAUCAAUUCAAACACGAUAUGAGGAUAAUAAUGGUACUACAGAAAAUUGUUUGGGCUUAACACAAGAUGAACUUGAAUCAAGGGAAGUAGAUUUUAUGGAUAUAGCAUUUGAUGAAAUCAAACCACAUCAUUACAAAGAGUCAGAGGAUCCAAAGCUGUUUAAAUCUGAGAAAUCUGGACGAGGACCUCUGGCUGAAGGGUGGAGAGACACAGAGAAGCCCAUCAUGUGCUGCUAUAAAGUUGUCAACGCUAAGUUUGAGGUGUGGGGACUGCAGACAAAAGUAGAAGACUAUGUUCAAGUAGCAAUACGAGAGAUCCUACUGCUUGGUCACCGGCAGGCAUUUACAUGGAUGGACGAAUGGUUCAAUAUGUCGAUAGAAGACGUUAGAAACUAUGAGAAAGAUAUGCAAGCUAAAACAAACAUAAAGGUCCAAAGUGCACUAGAAGAAUCAGAAAAGAAAGAUGCAGAUAGCAAGAAGUCAUCACAGCCGCCAACGCCGAAGUCGCCCAAAAGUCCGACUACACCAUCGGCUGAGUCGAAAUCAUGGUUUUCAUGGUCGUAAUAUUUUUUUUAAGGCAUAGAAAUUUUACUAACAAGGGAACAGAAAUGGCAUGCAAGCGGAUCUGUCGCUCUGAAAAUAUAAGAUCAGUAGGACUCGCUUUCGUCAGCGAUAUAUUUCGCAACAGAUAAAACAUAUUGGUGACCAAUACCGGCAAAAUAUUGGUCUCAUAGUCGUACCAUCGUAACGAAAGAGAAUAACAUAUUGGUGACCAAUACCGGCUGAAUCGAAAAUAUCGGUGUCACUGUCGUACCAUUAUAAAGAAAGAGAAAAACAUAUUGGUGACCAAUAGCUGCAGAAUCGAAAAUAUCAGUCUCACUGUCGUACUAUCGUAACGUAAAAGAGCUUCAUCUUGAGACAUGUCACGAAUUCACGACAUAUGUUACGUCUUAGAUCGUAAUAUUUGGAAAUCCCUACAAAAGGCCUAUGUCGUGCAGUGGACUGCCCUCGGCUGAUAUGACAAUGAUCACGUCUUCGCCGAUGAAGACGAGGUCCCCGAUAUCUGAACCACCCAAACGAUUUUUAACUCACCAUCUCAGAGGCGCCCAGACUGAUACAUUCAUGCCAAAACACCCCGAACGGCCUUCUAAGACGAGGUACGAGAAAGGAGACGCCCUUAGAGAGUCGUUCAGCCCAUCUCUUCUGCUUCUGCCUUCGUUCCCCAUCAGGCGAUUCUUCUGCCGCUCGCCCAAAACCGUUGAAAAAAGCAAAGGUCGACAAAUAGCGGUGCAGUCGAAAAUGAUGCUCUGUCUUUCGUUACGUUUCGUCACCUUUAUGGUGCUGAUAGACUCGAGCUUUCACUUGUAAUGAGCAUUCGUGUGAAUGUUAUAUUUUAGCGAGCAUUCUAUCAGUUUUGCUUGGAUGUUAUAUAAAUGCAAGGAAUAUCUUUGACGAGCAUCGAAUAGAGCAUUUGCUAGAAUUCUCAAAAUGCUCGUAGCAAUAUUAGGCUCGACUAGUAUAAAAAUGACGAAUGCUCGACGUUCUGUGUGUGUGAAAGUGAAUAGUAUAUCAGCAUCUUCAGUGUAGAAAUAUUUGUCAUGAAUUUUGGAGAUGUACACGUCACCGGACAAAUAUGUGUAAACGCCAUCUCUAUUGCCUUGUUAUUAGGAUUUGUAUGAAUAGAGGUUUAGCUUGAUCUCACCCCUGUACAGGAUUUAGUUUGUCAAAUCAAUGUGUUCGACCGUUGCCUUCCUUCCAUAUCUAACUUAUAUAUAGAACUUUAUAGUGUCUCGAAGUAUAUAGAAGAGUUUCGCGAUAUUAUAAAACUGAAGUUUAGACUUUUGAAAGUUGGAAACCUAGGAGCUCACAAAGUCACUGUGAUCCAAACUUUAUAUUUGGCUAUCAAUGAUAGGCACAUUCUUAGCGAAAUUUUAGCUUUUAUAAAAUGACAUUGACCUGGCUAUGACAGGCUCAUAGACCACUACCUCAUUUCAUUCUGUUGUGUACCCAGAUUAACUAGAGCCGGGUACUCAUUAGCGAACUGUAACUGUAACCGGACAGUUACAGUGACGCGGUUCUAGUGUGUACGCGUAUUAUAGUCUUCGUGUCCAUCGAACUGAAUAUGUCCAUCGAAUGCCCUCACCCACAGUGCACAUUCAGUCGGCUAUAACCUCGGACCAAUUAUAGAAGGACCUGUAUCGCACUCAUAGUCACGAACAAAAUUGUCUGUCAUUUUCUGAGGAAACGAGCUUAGAUUUGGUAUAUAUCUUAUAUUAAACUAGAAAUUUUUGCCCGUUUUUACACAAUUUAAUUAAAAAGGUAUUUUUACUGAGCUCUUUAACCGACGAACACGAUUACAACUACUUAACAUCGAUACUAUAGAGACAGUUUUUAUAAUCGCAUUAGAUCGUUGAUCAUAUACUUUGACAAAAAAGUAACGUCUAGCGAGGCAGGUCCUAUACAAUAAUUGGUCUGAGGCUAUAACUUUUACCGAACAGAUACAGUGUGUGUACGCGAUGUCAAGCUUCCUUUAGUUCGCGCCAAAAACCGACAUCCAUCGGCUGCGUACAGCUAGGCUAUUCUGUAACGAUAAUUUUAUAACUCGCAUGUGCGAGUUUAGAAUUCACCUCUACCUCUCUGUUUAACACGAUACUAUAGAAUGAGAAAGAUAGCGGUGCAUUCGAAACUGGCACUUGCGAAUUAUACAAUGUAUCGUUAGAGCAUAGCCGUGCAGCUCGCGGCAGGCUCGCGUACCACGUACUGUGAUAUGUGGUUACAGUAACGUCCAACGGUUACGUUACAUAAUGAAUACCUGUUGUAUCAUCGGCUCGCCACGAAUUGCAACACGGUCCGCUCGCAGCAAGUUCGCGAACCACAUACACACUGUACAUUUUGGUUAAAUAACAUGCAACAGUUACAGUUACAGUUCGCUAAUGAGAACCCGGCUUAACUCAAACCAAUAGAAAAAUGUUCAUUCAUGGUUUCAACUUUCAAUCACCUCCCUGUCCUUGUUCCACGAAAAAGUGGAUUGGCAUAUUAUGUCAUUCUAUUCCAUUCACUUAACUACUUACUUCCAUCAUACCUAUUACAUACACUAUACCCUCUUUUACAUAUUCCAACCGUGAUAAUCAAUUUCAUACGUUAACCCAUUAGAUAUGCCCGCUGCCUUCGCUUCGAAAGGCUUAGGUUCGAAUUUGAUCUGGGGCAUGGACCUCCUACUUUUCAGUUUUGUGCAUUUUAAGAAAUUAAAUGUCAUGUGUCUCAAACGGUGAAGGAAAAACAUAAGUGAGAAAAUCUAGUAUCAGUGGUACCUCUGAUACUCAUAACUGAGAAUUUUCUUAAUUCUCUGCGUGUGUGAAGGUCGCCACUCAUUCUGAGAGGAGACUCGUGCUCAGCAGUGAGACGAAUAUGGGUUGUUAAUGAUAAACCAUGUAUUAAAUAGUCUUUUUUUGUCCUGCUUGCAAAUUUAUUUUUUAGUAAUGUGUCUCAUACUUCUGUAUUACAUGUCCAUAACAUAUUUUUUUUGCUUUUAGCACAAUUGAGCAUUUAAUUAAUUUAACUUUUGGUAAACUAAAAAUGUUUUUUGGUUGUAUUCAGUGAGUAGGUAGGUAAUAUGUAUGCUUUGUGAUGUUAGCUUUUUUAAUAUAUUUUUGAGUUUUUAGAUGUAUAAAUCACGAGACCAAAAUCUAAUAGUAUUUCUAAUAACUGCUUAUUUAAGGGUAAUAAUGAUAUUAUUUGAAAUUAAAAAACUGAAUUUUAUACUCACAAAUCUAUAUAGAGCUUGCGUUAUGUAUCGUAACGACAUAUUAUUGUACAAAUUGGAUUAAGAGCUUUUAAAUGCAUUUGUUUUUUAUUUUUGCCGGGUCGGGUAGAAACCGAAGGAGUGUGGAUUUUUAUCCUCCUCCUACAAGUUGCCCGCAUCCAUCUUAGAUUGCAUCAUCACUUACCAUCAGGUGUGAUUGUAGGCACAGGCUAACUUGUAAAGAAUUAAAAAAAAUGUGUGUUUUUUCUCCUCCUCCUUAGGGCGGAAAUAAGCAAAUAACCCUAAGGGCGUAUUCACGAAGAAAGCACGCAGGCAGCCUGCUUUUUAUGUGAAUACGCCCUAACUGGUCACGCUGGCCAGUUUUCAGACUUGUAUUAUUUCAAGGCGCUCGGUUAAGUCAUACAUUUUUAGACUAUAUUGCUGGCACAACGGAGAAUGUUCCUAAAACGUAUAUGAUAUUAUUUCUUGUCUCGAAUUAUAUUAAUACACGCGGCUGUUUAUCAUUUGACAGUUUAUACGUUGUAGCAAUACAUUGUGUUAUACGUAUUAUAUUACUUGGCUUUAAUAGGAAAAUUCAACAGAAUAUCACGUGAUAUUGUGUGGCGUAUACGUAAUAUCUAAAUAAGGAAAUAACUAAUAAGCAAAUCACUCAAUUUUUGUACUUAUUUAAAUGAAACUACCAUGGAACUAUUUUAGGUUUUAGAUGUUAAUUUGAUAUUGUUACUAACACGAUUUAAAUUGAAAAUACCACUGUGUAUGCUAAAAAAUUAUGUUUUUUUUUAAUAAUAUAAUCUCAUAUUUGUUUGAUAUGUUAAUUGUUAAUUAAUUGUUACUUGGUAGGUACUUAUUUGUCUACGAAUAAUUUCGAUAUUUUUCAGGAACUUUUUAGUGUGACGGCUUCUGCUUCAUUGUGUACAGUAGGUGCCAGUAAUAAUUUACAUAUACCAUAUAUAAUGUAUAUAACCAUAUAUAAUGUAUAUAAUAAUAUAUAAUGUAUAUAAUAAAUCAAACAAUAUGUGUUUGAAUAUUUAUACGAAAGCAUUUCAAACUUUGCAUUUAUUUAGUUUUUCGUUUACGCCGUCGAUACACUGUGUUCAGUGAAUUUAAAUUAUAAAGUUUUAUAAGCUUAGUACAAAUUAACCAAAGAUUUGUGAUGCACACAGGUGAAUUUUUUGCGACUUUUCAAAAUAAGAAUCGUUUUUUUUUAAAUUAUUUAUUUAUUUAGAAGCUUCAGAGUUUUUCAAAAUAAGAAUCGUUUUUUUUUUAAAUUAUUUAUAUGCUUGAUUCUCGGUUAGUUUGUGAAAUAAUUAAGCUAUAACAAAAUCAAGUCUCGCAUUUGAUAAAUUUUAACUAUUUUCUAUUAUUUUGGUUUGGAGUCACAUUUGAAAAAUUCACCCAGCGGUCUACAAAACCGUAAAUUGAAUUAACAGGUGUAGGUUUUUUACAUCUUUAUUAUUCGGUAGGUAGAGGUUAUAUUAACUUUGGCGGGAAACUACCAAGUUAAAGGUUUUUACAAGUACCGAUUUUACGAGUAGAUACUCUUAACAUAAUUUCGAUUAUUAUUAUUAUGACUAGUUUCCGUAAUGUUAUGCAUCGGCCUAAAUUAUAAAAUGUUAUAAUAUGAUAUUAUUAAUAGAAAAAAUAUAUUAUUUAUUAUAUUACAGCAAUAAGAAGUAACUCAACAUUCCGUAUUUAUUGUUCACCCUGACAGUUUAGUAAUAAUUAAUUUAAAUUUUUGUCAUAAAUUGUAAAUGGAGUAGAUAAACCAAAAGUUGGUAAUGUGUUAAUAAUGUGCAAUACAUACAAUGCUUUUAUUUAAUGGAACUGGAACUGGAAAAUGGAAGUAUAGAUAGCCGUCGUCAAUAAAUAAUGAUUUUUACGCUAUCUUCUUCGUUGCGAUGGGAUGAAAUAUAGCGAUGUGUAUACUCAUAGAAACGAAAGAGGGAGCUGUAUGUUCCAAGAUUGUGUAUCUGUAUGUUCUACGGCUAUUGUUUUUCCAAUAUUGUCCCAAUAAUAUGUAAUUAAAUAAAAAAUGUUGUUCCAUGUUAUAUUGUAUUUAUAAGUUGAGAUAAUUGAAAAUUUUAUUAGUUGUUUGAAUGAAUUUUAGUAAAAUAGAUGUUAUGUAGAAAACA